UUAGUCUUCAAUCGAAUCGCAGCUGACUACAAAUUGUACUACCAAUAUGAACUUAUCAAGAAAAUAUGUUAUUUCUUGGCCUGUCAAACUCUUCAUUUACCGGGAGAUUGUGAACAUAAAAAUGGCAUGGAAAUCCCAAGCAAGAAUGAUAUCAUCAAGUCGUAUUGGAUCAGCGGUAAUGGCUCAGUCACAGUUCUUAGAAGCGAAAGUUCCUCAGCUGAUGGCAAACUUUUCUGACAGAGGGAAUCAAAAUUCUCCAUGGAUACCAGAAUCGACUGUCCAGGAGGUCUGUGACCAUUACCAUGGGCUAGCUAAUGAGGGCAGGUUGACCUUCCUGUCAGCCAUGGCAUCAGGAAUGGGUACAAGGCAUGACAGGGUCCGCAAGGAAGCCAAUCUUCUACAAACCCAAGCGGGUAGAGAGGAUGCCUCCAUUCUCCAGGCAGAGAAUCGUCUCCGUCAGUCCCUCAUCCCUGGUUACUCCACUCUCUUCUCCCACAUCAGUCGACUAAGGGGAGGGGUCAAGUUCCUUGUUGAUCUACGAGCAGACCUCUUGAAUCACUUGUCAUCCCAGAAAUCCCUCCCGAAUGAAGCUGAAUUGAAGGCGCUGAAUGACACAUUGAAAGAUCUCUUGAUUGGAUGGUUUGCUGCGGGAAUGCUAAACCUGGAGAGGGUCACAUGGUCAUCAUCAUGUGACAUGCUUGAGAAGAUAAGUCAGUAUGAGGCAGUACAUCCUGUACGUCACUGGACAGACAUCAAGCAUCGAGUAGGACCAUACCGCAGGUGUUUUGUGUUCACACACAGCAGCAUGCCUAAUGAACCGCUCGUCAUCUUACACACCGCCCUCACCAGAGAUAUAUCGGCCAGUAUCCAGUCCAUCGUACGUAAGCAAGAUGACAUAGCCAUCGGAGUGAAACCAGGAGAAGAGGAUCCUGACGAGGCCCAGGCUGCUAUCUUCUAUUCUAUCACAUCAACUCAAAAAGGUCUUCAGGGUGUGGAGCUUGGUAACCACCUCAUUAAGAGUGUUGUCAAGGAGCUACAGUCUGAGUUUCCCAGCAUGCAUCUCUUCUCAAGCCUCUCACCAAUCCCAGGCUUCAGGGACUGGCUCGUGUCACAGAUCAACAAGGAGGUCAAAGAUGGACAUAAAAACAGCUUACUCACUGCACAAGAAUUAGACUCGUUCCAGUCUGCUAUAGACAUUGCAUCACCACAGGCAUUGCCAACCCUGAAGAAAGUCAUCGUAACGAAUGAGUGGGUCAAGUCUGAGAGGCUGGUGGAGAGUCUACAGUCCCCUCUCAUGAGGUUAUGUGCAAGGUACCUGUAUUCAGAAAAGAGACGCAAGAUGGCACUGAAUACUGUAGCAAACUUCCAUCUUCGGAACGGCGCAACCAUGUGGCGCCUCAACUGGUUGGGCGACACCUCGCCACGGGGUCUGACCGCUUCUUGCGGCAUGAUGGUCAACUAUCGGUACUACCUUGAGAACACGACAAGCCUCAGCCAGCACUAUAUUGAAACACAGAACAUUGAAGCUUCCCAACAGAUAUUGGAUUUGGUAGGGGAAGGUUUGUCCAGCGGGGAGACAGGGAAUGUGAACAGUAAAUUAUGAUGAUCAACCAAAGAAUAACUUUGUCAGUUGCUAUAUAGAUAUUGUAAUGGAUUAUAAUUUUUCCAAGCAGAUAUGCCAAUGAUCAUGUGCAAUGUAAGUCAGUAUAAUUUUUAAAUUGGUUUAAGGGAAAGUCUACCCCAACAAAAAGACAAGUUUAUAUACCCAAACAGUGAAACUCAGACAAGCAUAGCACUGAUAAUUUUGUUCAAAAUUAAUGUGAAAUAAGAGAGUUAAACUUAUUUUGUAAAAUGUUUUGUCAGUUUCAUAUAUCAGUUAUAUGCACAUCCUGGCUGGUAUUUAAAGGGGGAACCAAUGUUGUCUUUGACUCUUUAUUUUUUGUGCAUUUUAUAAGAUAUGAUAUGUAUCAUUUCAUUAUUUUUGUUAUAUAUUUGAUGAUUUUGAUAUUUGAUUAGUGUGAUGUUAUCAAUUCUUUGAUUUGCAUACCAACCAGGAUGUGGAAAUAAAGUGAAAUUAACAUUUGAUUAUUUUCCUAUUUUCAAUCAGAUUUUGAUGAAGUUUUCAGUAUUAAGCUUGGUUGAUGUUUCUUUUUUAUUCCCAAACCAACUAUUUGUUAUGGUGGAAUUUUACUCUAAUGGUCAGUUACUCAGCAAGCAUGCUCUGGCCAUAAUUCACAUUAGCUCAUACACCAUGGUAAUAUAUUAUUGAUAUGAUGAUGGCAUACAGGCGUGAACAAAAGCCAGUAUGUUGCUUCCUUGUAUAUGCUUAUAUUGCAGCUAUUUUGGGUGCUUUCUUGACAAUACACAAUACACAUCCACUAUAUUUAAGCAAUCAUUUGCUUUGUGACAUACAUGAUGUUCUGUGUUAGGUGAAAAGCAUUGCCUGUGUUUAUUACAGCACUCUGACCCCUGUACAGUACAAGCAGUGCUUUACCAAAGUGCAUGGGAAUUUCAGUUGCACAGUUUUGCAGUAUUUGUGUAUAUGAACAGGUUUGAAUUGUGAAUUUUCAAUUGGAAAUCUGUUCUGUGGGAGCCCUUGUCACCUUUUGAGCAUUUGAUGAAAGGACUUGCUGGAUAUUUGAGCUGACACAAAGCAUGAUUUAUCUGACAGCUUCCAGAGGAACUGUGCUUCUCAGCUAAUCAAAAUCAGGGAAAGUUCUCUGAUCUGGCAACUUGUUUGGCAAGAAAUGCUGAUGAAAUGCUCUCCUGAUAUCAAUAUUUUGUCAUUCCUUCAAUAAACAUGUGUAGUAAACUCAAUUUUAAAAAAGUAUUCUCUAAGAAACUUUCAUAUUUGAGUAUUUUUUUUCCAUAUUGCAAAAUACUAAAUUUGCAACUCUGCUGAUACUAGUACCACAAUAAUGAAAUGACUAUAGCAGUAUUCCCGCAGGAAGUACUUUGAUUCCAAUAUGGUCAGGUGGGUGUUUUAGAAAGCUGCUCUUAUGUUAAAGGUCAAGUCCACCCCAGAAAAAUGUUGAUUUGAAUAAAUGGAGAAAAAUCUAACUAGCAUUUCAUCAAAAU